UUCCUUGUACCACCUCCCAGGGGAAAACCGCCCUUUUUUUCUUCUGCUUUCCCAUCCUCAUCCUCCACCUCCACCCUUCCUAACCCCCCAUCUCGCUUCACACCGAGCUUCUCGUCGCUAAAGGCCUUAUCGGUGUAGGUGAACUCUUGGGCACCCCCGUCCGAAACCCUACAGUCUGCCGGUAAACCUCGACCGCAACGCGCAACAUGGCUUCCAACGCAACCAGCUUUACCUCGCCGCUGGCCAGCGCCAAGCUCGGCACCGUUGCUGUUCCUCCCCAGCUCGAAUACGUUAUCGACACCAUUUCCCAGGCGAGCGGCUGGACUAUUGUCUUUACUCUUCUUGCUGUUCUUGUUGCUUGGGAUCAGAUCAAGUACGUCCUCAACAAGGGCACAAUCGCUGGUCCAUCAUGGAAGAUUCCCUUCAUCGGACCCUUCUUGGAGUCCCUUGACCCCAAGUUCGAGGAAUACUAUGCCAAGUGGUUGAGCGGUCCUCUCAGCUGCGUUUCCGUUUUCCACAAGUUUGUCGUGAUUGCCUCGACUCGCGAUAUGGCCCGUAAGGUCUUCAACAGCCCCAGCUAUGUCAAGCCCUGCGUCGUCGAUGUCGCCCACAAGCUCCUCGGCGCCGAUAACUGGGUCUUCCUCGAUGGCCCCGCCCACGUUGAGUUCCGCAAGGGUCUCAACGGCCUCUUCACUCGCAGGGCUCUCGAGAUCUACCUUCCCGGACAGGAGGAGGUGUACAACCGCUACUUCAAGUCCUUCCUAGAGAUCACCAAGAACGCCGGUGGAAAGCCCGUCCCCUGGAUGCCCCACUUCCGUGAGGUCAUUACUGCUGUCUCUUGCCGUUCCUUCGUCGGUCACUACAUUUCCGAUGAGGCUGUCAAGAAGAUUGCCGACGACUACUACCUGAUUACCGCCGCUCUCGAGCUUGUUAACUUCCCCAUCAUCAUUCCCUACACCAAGACGUGGUAUGGCAAGAAGGCGGCUGAUAUGGUCCUUGCUGAGUUUGCCAAGUGUGCUGCGAAGAGCAAGGUCCGCAUGGCUGCUGGAGGCGAGGCCACCUGCAUCAUGGAUGCCUGGAUCAAGCAGAUGAUUGACUCCAAGAAGUGGCGCGAGGCCGUUGCCAGCGGUAACACCGAGGGUCUUGAGAAGCCUACUCACCUGCUCCGCGACUUCACCGACUAUGAGAUCUCGCAGACCAUCUUCACCUUCCUCUUCGCUUCCCAGGAUGCCACCAGCUCCGCCGCUACUUGGCUCUUCCAGAUCAUGGCUCAGCGCCCUGAUGUGCUCGACCGUGUCCGUGAGGAGAACCUCAAGGUUCGCAACGGUGAUAUCCACGCCCCCAUCAACAUGGAGCAGCUCGAGUCCAUGACCUAUACCCGUGCCGUUGUUCGUGAGCUCCUCCGUUACCGCCCUCCUGUGCUCAUGGUCCCCUACCUGGUCAAGAAGGCUUUCCCCAUCACUGAGGAUUACACCAUCCCCAAGGGCUCCAUGGUGGUUCCCACCACCUACAUGGCUCUCCGCGACCCCGAAGUUUACCCCAACCCCGACUACUUUGACCCCGAACGUUACUACUCGGGUGAUGCCGAGGCCAAGGGUGCCAAGAACUAUCUCGUUUUCGGCGUCGGUCCUCACUACUGCCUCGGUCAGCAUUAUGCUCAGCUCAACCUUGCCCUCUUCGUCGGCAAGGCUUCUCUUCUCCUCGAUUGGAAGCAUCACCCCACUCCUCUGUCCGAGGAGAUUAAGGUGUUUGCCACCAUCUUCCCCAAGGAUGACUGCCCCCUCACUUUCGAGGAGCGCAAAUGGUAGACGGAGAGGGUUUUGGGUGCGGACAUCAAUAUAAAAAAAGAGAUCUUUCUUUGAUCUGGGAGAUCAGCGGAAUGAAAAAGCAUAUAAUAUCGCGGGUUUUGGUCAACUUUUAAAGGGCCACGGAAGAACUUGACGAAACAGACACAUGAUGAACCGAAGUUCAGUCAUCCCUCCCGAUUACCCCCCGACUAUACAUUAUACCCCCGCCGGAGAGAGAGCGUUGCAUUCUGGAUGACGAAGAUUUCACGAGGCGCGAAAAAGGCUGUUGUUUGGAAUGGCAGGCCG